AUGGUGGUGGUGGUUGUUGCUGUUAUAACAAUAACAUCUUCUGGAGAUGUUAUGGUUGUGGAUAGACUUGUUGAAGAAACUACCAGUGAUGGGGAAACCAGUUUAGGAAGGGGAUUUCUGCAAAGACUUUCAUACUCAUUGGGGUCUUGCUUUUUUGCCUUCCAGGAUCUCAGUCUGCCCAAUGGCACACCUGUAGACACUUCUAGCCCAGCCUCCUCAUCCUCACUUCUCAACAGAUUGCAGUUGGAUGAUGACCUAGAUGGGGAAACUAGAGACCUUUUUGUCACAGUUGAUGAUCCUAAAAAACAUGUCUGCACGAUGGAGACCUACAUCACAUACAGGGUUACUACAAAGACCACAAGGGCAGAGUUCGAUUUGCCAGAAUACUCAGUACGCCGGCGGUAUCAGGAUUUUGAUUGGUUGAGGAAUAAGCUGGAAGAAUCGCAGCCCACCCAUCUCAUUCCCCCUCUUCCUGAAAAGUUUGUCAUGAAAGGAGUUGUUGAUAGAUUUUCUGAAGAAUUUGUGGAAACAAGGAGAAAAGCUUUAGAUAAAUUCUUGAAAAGAAUUGCAGAUCAUCCAGUGCUUUCCUUUAAUGAGCACUUCAAUGUGUUUCUCACAGCCAAGGAUCUUAAUGCCUACAAAAAGCAAGGAAUGGCAUUGCUCUCCAAGAUGGGAGAGUCGGUCAAAUAUGUCACAGGAGGUUAUAAACUAAGAAGUCGACCACUGGAAUUUGCAGCCAUGGGAGAGUAUCUAGAUAUAUUUGCUCUAAAGCUUGGAACAAUUGACCGAAUAGCACAGCGGAUUAUCAAGGAGCAGUUGGAAUACUUGGUGGAACUAAGAGAGUAUGGACCAGUUUACUCAACUUGGGGUGGGUUGGAGGUAGAGCUAGGAGAACCCUUGGAAGGUGUGUCUGCCUGCAUCGGCAAUUGCUGUACAGCACUUGAGGAACUGAGUGAAGACAUGACAGAGGACUUCCUGCCUGUACUCCGGGAGUACAUUUUGUACUCGGAGUCCAUGAAGAAUGUGCUGAAGAAGAGAGACCAAGUUCAAGCAGAGUAUGAAGCAAAAUUGGAAGCUGUGGCCUUGAAAAAAGAAGACCGUCCAAAGGUGCCAACAGAUGUGGAAAAAUGUCAGGACCGAGUAGAGUGCUUCAAUGCUGACCUGAAAGCGGACAUGGAGAGAUGGCAGAACAGCAAACGCCAAGACUUCAGGCAGCUGCUUAUGGGAAUGGCAGACAAAAACAUCCAGUACUAUGAGAAGUGCCUUACGGCGUGGGAAUCAAUUAUACCACUAUUACAAGACAAGCCAGAGACCAAAUAAGAAGCCUCUUCAUGGACCCUUCUAGCCACAUAUGUGCUUAGUACCACUAAACGACAUACUGGAACUAUCCAAUGCACUACUUUGUUGUGAUAAAUGCCAGCUGUGCUUGGUUUGGAACAGACCCAUUGAAAGCAGUUUUGAAUUUCCUCAUCUGUUUGUAUUUAAACCAGUGUUUCAUCUUUUGAGUUACCUUGAAUGGUUCCUUUUCCAUCCUAUGGUGUGAUCCUGGGAUCGUAAUGGAAAUGCACAGGGAUUUUGAUAAAGAAAACUUACCUCUUUUUUCCUGGAAGGAACUAAUGAGUGGAACACUAAAAAGAUGAAAAUAAAACUCUACUGCAAGAUGCCAAUA